AUGUCCUCUUCACAGGACUGGGUUCAUACUCUUAUGAACCCCUCGCCUUUGGGUUUGAUCAUUACAAUUAUUCUCGUCCUCUCGAUACCCAUAUUCCUCCACUCUGUUGUCUUCCGUGCAACUGGUUUCACAAGCUUGCCCUCCAUCUUGUUAAUUGGACCAAGUGGCUCAGGAAAAACUGCACUUCUAACUCUGUUCGAGCGAGAGAAUAAACCUGCCACCACUCAUACUUCUCAAACGUCUUCAUCUGCUGAGUGCUCUCUGCCAGUCGAUACAGUAGCUGCUUCGAAUAAAUUCCGAUCAGUUAAUGAUCCUACAAACCAAGUUCACAAGAAAUUUCUCUUGAUUGAUACUCCCGGUCAUGGAAAACUACGACACCAUGCAUUCGAAAACCUUACAACUUCUCAGAAUCUUCGAGGUGUAAUAUAUCAAGUUGAUGCCACUACAUUGGGAGCUGGAGAUGAAGGUCUGAGAGAGGCUGCGGAUUAUCUACACGAUCUACUCCUUCUCAUCCAAAAACUCAUGGAUGGAAAAACUACUACAAAGGCACCGAAAGAACUACCAGUACUCAUUGCUGCCAAUAAGAUGGAUCUUUUCACUGCUCUUCCAGCCGCAUUGGUCAAGAGCAGUUUGGAAAGAGAGAUUACCAAAGUUAGAGUCUCGAGAUCGAAAGGUCUACUCGAUUCAGGAAUGUCUACAGAAGAGGACGAAGACAAAGAUGAAUGGCUAGGAGAAAUGGGAUCUAGCGACUUCAAGUUUUCACAGAUGGAGGAGUUCAACAUUUCUGUUGAAGUAGCUGGUGGUAAUGUAAUUGGGUCUGAUGGUGGAUCAGUUGAUGCUUGGUGGAGGUGGGUAGCCAACGGAUUGUAA